AUGUGGGCUAUGCACCCCAAGUACUUUGGUUCUAGGACACCGUCAGAGCUGGUUUAUGGCACAAACAUACAUAUGCCGGGAGAAAUGUUUGAUGAUGAAGACAAACAAGAACCGCAAACGGUGUUUGUAAAGAACAAAGUAAAAGAAGACGAAGACGAGAUUUAUCAUCUUAAACUUUACCAACUAUUCGCUGCAAUCGCAACACAAUUGCUGAGUGUAACAACCAAUGCGCAGUUUUACGAGAUUGCAAUUUUAGGCGUUUUAACUAAUACCAAUCAUGAGCCAGCAGUGGCAGAAGGUGAUAAGUCACGUGAAAUGUCAUUACCCAAAGCAAGAGACAGUAUAUUGGGUAUCGAGAAGUCAUUGGUUCGUGAAAAAGUUCCUGUAAACCUAGCAACAACUAGUAGUGCUAACGAUGAAGAUGUUCUCCACGCGCUCUUGCAGAUCAGUUUGGCUCUUUUGCACUGGAAUCAAUUGGUUUAUCCUAUCAAUCUUCAUGUUAACUACUCACUUAACACGAUAUUGACACGUAAGAACCAUGCGAGAACAAGUGUCGUUAUAGAUUGCGCCUGCGUACGCAGCCAGCAGCUUUUGAGCGAAGCAUCUGCACAGCGCUACUUCAAUAAGACCUACCAAUGGCUGCUUUGGAAUACCAACAACCUCGAUGUAGAACAAUUGCUGCCAUUGGAGUUAGAUUAUUUGGGCCCGAAUGCCCAAGUUACUUUCAUCAACAAAAGCUUCUUCGAAUAUUCAAUUUGGGAUGUGCACUCUAAAGGACGACAUUUGCGAAGCCCCUUGGAGUUGCAACUCAUUGGCGUUUGGCACACAGACAGCAAUUGCCCAAAUUCUUCGUUAGCCAUGGAAAAAUAUUUAAACAUACAUGCUGACAUCUUUCAAUUGCAAAGUAUCAAAUAUCGUGAUCAGUUUAAGGGGCUUACUUUACGUGGGGCAAGUGUGAUUGAUCAGGACAAUAUUACUACUAAUGAGCAAAUUGAACGAAUGCUUUCCCGUCCGACAAAGGAUUUCGGUGUGGCUGCCUUCAGCAAAUAUCAUUAUGAGUUAUUAGGAAUUCUGCGUGAACGCUUCAAUUUUACCGUUAAUUUUCGGAACGCUCGCGGCUGGGCUGGUCGUCUAGGUAAUACGAGAUUUCGGCUCGGUUUUCUUGGCAUUGUUACGCGCAACGAGGCCGAUGUUGGUGCAACGGGUGCGUUUAAUCGAAUCAAUCGUUUCGCUGAAUUCGACACAAUACAUCAGAGCUGGAAAUUCGAGACGGCAUUUUUGUAUCGUUUUACACCUAACUUGGAUACGCACAGUAAGAGUGGUAAUUUUCUUGCACCAUUUGAUGAUCAAGUUUGGAUUUUUUCUAUUGCUACACUUAUUGCGGUAAAUCUUAACUGGCGUUUGGUUGAUGAAAUAAGUAGAAACAAAAGAAAAACGAAUAACAACCAAUGCGAUAUUUCAUGCAGUCAAACGGCCACCGAUGAGACAUCAUUAGUUGCUGUUUCAUUGAAAACUUUUGCUGCUGUUUGCCAACAGGGUAUAGAACCGAUAUCUGGAAGUCUACAAGCGCGCACAAUUAUUUUGACGACAUUCUUAUUUUCUUUGGUUAUGUAUAACUACUACACAUCAUCGGUAGUAGGUGGUUUACUGAGUAGUACGGCACAGGGUCCAGCUACAAUCGAUGAAGUAAUUAUAAGUCCACUGAUGCUGUCUUUUGAAGAUAUUGGUUAUUAUAAAGUGCUUUUUCGAGAAAAUAAGGCACCCUAUAUACUGCGUUUAAUAGCUCGAAAAUUACAACCACCACGCAUUUCCUAUGAUAUACCAGUUUAUGCUCAUAUCGAAGAUGCAAUACCCUACCUCAAGAAAGGUGGUUACGCUUUUCAUUGUGAAGUCGUUGAUGCAUAUCCCGAAAUAGCCAAACAGUUCGAUGCUAAUGAAAUUUGUGACUUGCGCGUAGUAUCUGGUCUAAUGGAAACAGAGAUCAUGAAUUGGAUUGUUCACAAAAACAGUCAAUAUACUGAAAUAUUUAGAAUUGCAAUGGGUCGUGCUCGUGAAGUAGGAUUUGUGGAACGUCUACUAAAGCAGCGACAACCAAAAAAACCUAUUUGUCAAGCCUUGUAUACAGUAUAUCCGGUAAGCAUAACAGGUGUAUCGAGCGCUUUUAUGAUGCUGGGAGGAGGAUUUUUACUUUCUGCUUUCGGUAUUGCAAUAGAAAAAUAUAUAAAGAAGCAUAACUCAAAUUACUUAAAAUAA